UCCAGAUGGAGGACAGCCCGCGUGUGGCGCAGGUGUCCAUCACCAAGUGUGCCUCUGACAUGCAGGGCUACUGUCUGCACGGGCAGUGCAUCUACUUGGUGGACAUGAGUGAGAAUUACUGCAGAUGUGAUGUGGGUUACACUGGUGUCCGAUGUGAACACUUCUUCUUAACCGUCCACCAACCACUGAGCAAAGAAUAUGUGGCUCUCACUGCAAUUCUUGUCAUCUUGUUUUUGGUCAUCAUUGCUGGUUCCGUAUACUAUUUCUGCAGAUGGUACAAAAAUCAGAGAAGUAAAGAGUCUAAGAAGGAGUACGAGAGAGUGACCUCGGGGGAGCCAGCCCUGUCCCACGUCUGA